AUGGUCCACUGCGCGGGCUGCGAGAGGCCGAUACUGGACAGGUUCCUGCUGAACGUGCUGGACAGAGCGUGGCACAUCAAGUGUGUGCAGUGCUGCGAGUGUAAAUGCAACCUAACGGAGAAAUGCUUCUCGAGGGAGGGAAAGCUCUACUGCAAAAACGACUUCUUUAGGCGCUUCGGCACUAAGUGUGCGGGCUGUGCUCAGGGCAUCUCCCCCAACGACCUGGUGCGGAGGGCGCGGAGCAAAGUGUUCCACCUCAACUGCUUCACCUGCAUGAUGUGCAACAAGCAGCUGUCCACAGGGGAGGAGCUCUACAUCAUCGACGAGAACAAGUUCGUGUGCAAAGACGAUUAUUUAAGCAACACCAACGUGAAGGACACCAACCUGCUCUCUGUAACAGCCUGCAGUGACCCCAGUUUAUCGCCGGACUCGCAGGAUCCUCUGCAGGACGAUGUGAAAGACUCUGAGAUCGCCGCUCUGUCUGAUAAAGAGGCUCCUAGUAACGAGGCUGAUGAUCAGAAUCUGGGCGGGAAGCGACGCGGCCCGCGCACCACCAUCAAGGCCAAACAGCUGGAGACUCUCAAAGCAGCGUUUGCUGCCACGCCCAAACCCACGCGCCACAUCCGGGAACAGCUGGCGCAGGAGACCGGCCUUAACAUGAGGGUCAUACAGGUGUGGUUCCAGAACCGGCGCUCCAAAGAGCGGCGCAUGAAGCAGCUGAGCGCACUGGGCGCGCGGAGACACGUGUUUUUCCGCAGCCCGAGGCGGAUGCGCACGCUGGUGGACCGGCUGGAGCCCGGAGAGCUGCUGCCCAACGGCGGACCCUUCUCCUACUACGGAGAUUAUCAGAGUGAGUACUAUGGACCUGGAGGGAACUAUGACUUCUUUCCUCAGGGCCCGCCAUCCUCGCAGGCCCAGACCCCAGUGGACCUCCCCUUUGUCCCAUCGUCGGGACCGACUGGAACCCCUCUAGGGGGCAUGGACCAUCCCAUCCCUGGACACCAUCCGUCCAGUGAAGUACAGCGCUUUUCAGACAUCGUGUCCCACCACCCGGGGGACUCGCCCAGCCCGGAGCCCGGCAUCCCAGGACCUCUGCACAGUAUGUCCUCUGACGUGUUUGGCCCCAGCCCCUCUUUUACCUCACUGUCCCUCAAUGGAAGCGGAUACAGCAACCACCUCUCCCACCCCCCGUCGGAAAUGAACGAGGCCACAGUCUGGUAGCUUUAUGAAGGUGGACGUUUCUCCAGAAAGAAAUUAAGGGACAACAGAAAAGGGAGGGUGGACAGGGGACAGGGACGCUGGUCACAUUCUUUGUUUUGACAUUCAUAUUUAUUAUUUUUUGGCAUUUCUUUUUCUUUUUCCUUAUGAUUUUUGCGGCACGAGAGUAUACAGAGGUGCAGCAGAGGACAUCGUGGCCGUAGACGUUUACCUUGAUAUUAUGUUGCUGUUCGGUUCCUGUUCCUUUCUCCUCAUCAAAGUCAGAACUCGAGCACACAAAAAGACUGAUGGCUACUGUUGACCUAAUCGCUGUACGGACUGUGCUGUGAGGCUUUAGCACAGCAGCCCCCUUCCUGAAGCCCACCGGUUAAACCCUCACUCUCAAAACAAUGAUUGCCACAUAUUAACAGCAUUAGCUACUGUCAAAGACUUUAACUUUACAAAGAAACGCCCAUGGCGGCUUACCUAACGCUUACCUGCGAUGUUGACUCCAGGAAAGAUCUGAGUCGUCAGACUAAUUUAUUUAUUUGAAAGCUCCUCAGACCUCUUUGCCUUUCAAGGCUCUGCCAUAUUGACACUUAAACAACCUUUUUGACACUAAAUAUGUUUCUGGAGGCCAGGGAGGAAAAAAGGCUCUUGUUUUUCUCUAUCUGGACAUAUCCUUUUGUUUUACCAAGAAUUCCACCAAAUCUGACGUUGGCCUUCAAAAGGCAAACAGUAAAUGUUGUAUGGAUUGUGAACCCUUUAUUUAAUGGAAGAGAACUUGAAAUGUUGUUAAAUGAAGUCUACCUUCUAAAAAUAUUUUAACGAGGGUCUGAAAGGGACUUAGAACAGUCAACUGUUUACGUAAUAUAUUUAAUUCAGGAGUUAAAAGUAUCAACCAUGUUUUAGAACCUCUUGAUCCAGAUAAAAAAGUUCCAAGCAACCAACCAAACUUUUGUAUCGACUUUAUUUAUAUUGUACGAAGAAAAACGAGUUUGCUGGGGUUGUGGUUCACUGUGCUAGUUUGUACAAGAUGUUGUUUACAAAAAAAGGGGAGGAAAAAAAAAAAAAAAAACACAAGUACGUAGACAGUUGCCAAAUAAAAACAUAGCACAAA